AUGCUUAGUGGACAGCCUAUAGCUACCGAGUUCCUGGAGCUUCCUGAUGGGAAAAAACUCAAGAACCACGGAUAUACCCAAUUGACUUCGCUUGAAGCCGACCUCCGACGCAUGGUAUCCAAUGCGAAAUUCUACAAUGAGAAGAGCUCUCUGCUCUUCUCUAACGCAGAGCGGAUUCGCAAGAUAGUGGUUGCGGAGAUGCCCAAGGUUAACCCUGCGUAUAAAGACCCAAACUACGCUCCGUUUUCAACCCCACUGCCCAACAAUGAGGUAGAAGAAGAAGACUUUAUCGAUGAGCUUCCGGAAGGAGAGGAAGAAUCUGAGAAUGAAGCAGAAGCGGAAGCAGAAGCAGAAGUGGAAGCUGAGCCAGAGCCAACACCUCGAGAGGAGCGAACAAGGUCCUCAAGACGCGCGAGCGGACGUAUAUCGACAAUUGAUCGCGACCAAAACCAGACAGAUGCCCAAAAAGAGGACCCUGAUGCUGCUGUUGCAAGUAAAUUCCAGGCCGCCCUGGAAGGAAUACUGAAUGAAGCUAUCCGCAUGCUGGACGAGGACGGGGAAGAAAAGUUUGCACCUUUCAUUAAUCUCCCUGAUAAAACCCUAUAUAAGGAAUACUACGAUGUAAUAGAUCACCCUGUCUCACUGAGAGGUAUUCUACGAACAGUUCGUGGCACAGACAGAAGAAAGCCUACGACCUCAAAACCCAAAGCUCCCAACCCGUUCAGGUCAUGGAAAGCGUUCAUCGAUGAGGUUAACUAUCUGUGGACUAAUGCACGGAUAUUUAAUGAAGACGAGAGUGACAUUGCCAUUCUUGCGGGCGAGCUUGAGAAAUUCAUAAAUACCCGGAUAGCAGAAACGAGAAAGACGGUUCCUGCACCCGAGGAAGAAAGCAGUGGUACCGGAGGUGGAACGAAGAUACGGCUAAAACUAGGAGCAGCCACAUCCACGCCAGAACCUCCUGCUGCUCCGACGACAUCGAAACUUAAGCUACGGCUGCCUGCCAGACAACAGCAGACGGAUACUGCUCCGGCUACUUCGAAAGUGCCUGGCGUGAGAGUUGACACUGAAGCGCUCAAACGACAACAAGAACUCGUUAGGGCCGGGACAAACGGGGUUGAGGUGCCUAAACCGAGCACUAAUAAUGUACAAGCGACGCCAACACGGACCCUGCGAGACAGAACGACCUCCGCAAGGGCUCCUGUGGCUGCAGCUUCACCAACUCCUACCGCAGCUACUGUCAACGGUACGGGAGCUGCCCCUGCUACCACUGGGCCUUCACUUCGGUCUCGAACACCGCUCACGAGGCGAGCAGAGGCAGAGUUGGAGCGCGAAACAGCCCCCAAGCCAGAGACAUCAGCAAAGCCUUCGCCCAGCCUACAGGCAGCCCAUGCUGUUACUCCAACACCAGCUCCUGCUGCCCCCGAGCCACCAGCGAAAAGUACAAGCACAGGCGCGACGCCGCUCUCGACGGCUGAUUGGGAGAAGCUAUCUCAGGCACGAAACAAAGCAUACGGCAACGGUCUCAUAUCACAGAUAUCCAUAUCGUCUCACUCAUCACUCCCUCUCCGCCAACCCUUCCACAUUUCCCUGCCUUGCUCACCCGUCCUUCCCUCUCAACCCAUAAGCCUAACCCUACCCUCAUGCAUCAAUCUCAUAAGUUUCAACCCCAUCAUUGCGUCGACUUCCCAUCGGCGUCCUACGCAGCACUACUUUACCGUCUGUGACCAGAAGAAUCCCACUCCACCGACUACCUCGGUUGUGCCGUUUACAGACUAUACCCGGUUUGCAUACGAUGUGCGGCUGCGCGAGGGCGUCAACAAGCUUGUCGUUGGCGUGUCUGCCAAAGCGGACGGCGAGACGACGGAGCGAGUCAUCGUUUUCGUCAAUCUCUUACGGUCUUAG